AUGCCCUUUCAGUUUAUCAAGGAUUUAAGCAACUCGGUCGUCCCAGUUCGUUUGAGGCGCCCCACAAAGAACAGAGGCACACAACCCAACCCAACAGUUAACUGUCAUGAGAGCGAUGGCUCCAUCCCCGCAGGCAUCCCUAGUACCUUUCCCCUUCCCUCACCAACCCUCCCUUCGGAUUCAUCAUACUCCCGGGGUGUAUCCCCUGCCCGCGAAGCUUCCGACAUGGCUCAGCUAUUUUUGCCCUUUGUACAGGCCUUUGCAGGUACAAUCCCACUUGCAGGUGCUCCGAUGCAAGCGGCUAUUGGUGGAUUAUUGACAAGCCUUCAAGCUAUAGAUAGACGUGAUAAGAACAGGGCGGACCUAGUUGGCCUUGAAUCACGACUUCAUCGACUCAACCGCGAUUUGUGUAACGCCCCACCUGCCCGAGAUCCUCUUGAACAAUCCCGGAGGGACUCCUUAGUUAGGGUGCUAGAAGGGACCUCAGCCCAACUGACAAAUUUGCAUAAACGUCGUCGUUUCGCAUACACGUCCGUCACACAAGCUAUCGCCGGAUGCUCUAGUGAAAUCGACCGUUAUCUCAUGGAAUGUUUGUGGUCGUUCCAAAUGCAAAGUCAAAAUGAUAUGCACGAAAUGCGAGACUUUAUCAUCCGCGGACAGUUCUCUGCGGGAUCAACUGCAGUGGGAACUGUCGCGCUUGGCUGUGUGACACUGGUAGACGCAACAGGCCAUGAACAUUCAAUAUCAGUGAACUUCUGCACUUCAUUUCAGCAAAUCAACGAGAUGCUCCAAGUUCUGUUCAAACGCGACUCGAUUGAAGCCCAUAUUCAGAGACGGUACUUGGACAAAGGACAGUAUGAUUUGUGCAUUGACGAGGGCACUCAAGUAACCCGUCUUACAAGCCUUCGAUGGUCAACAAUUGAAGCAGGAACGAAGAUUGUCAUGAGGGUUAUCAUUAAACAGCAGAUGACUUUACCCUCUGGAGUUUCUUACGAAUGUCAUUUCUGCGGUGCUGUCAAUGACGUUCGCGUGGAGUCUAUCAUGUAUUCACUUCAACGACGGGCUGGUUGCUCGAUUGAUUGUCGACAAUGCAAACGACGGUUUCAGAUCUCCCGCGUACCGAGCAAUGUGGAGCAGAGUGCUGGAUCCCUUGACGUGGACACCGAUGACACGACUGGUGCAGAAAUGCGCCUUAUUCGGAACUUCCACGUCGAGGAAACUUCUGUGCGUAAUUCUUUUGAGCUGCUUACCCGACGCUGA